AUGAGCACCUACAACCUUCCCACACUCCUGAAGCUGGCACUGGAGGCGAUGCUGAGGAAAGAUGCCAUAGACUUCUCUGAUCUGGAAAACCUCCCCACUAUGCUCUUCCCACCACUUUUAAUAGAGGCAUUCAAGAGCAGAUGCACACAGAUGUUGAAGGCAAUGGUGGCAGCCUGGCCCUUUUCCUACCUCCCUGUGGGACCAUUGCUGAAAACUGCUGGUGUGGAGAUGAUGCAAGCGGUGCUGGGUGGCAUAGAUAUACUGGUGAUCCAGAAUGUUCAUCCCAGGAAGAAGCUUCAAGUGUUGGACUUGAGAGAUGUGCAUCAGGAUUUUUGGGAUGCAUGGGCUGGAAGAGAAGAUGAAGCGUGCUCAGCAGAUACUUUAAGAAAGAAGCAAGUCCCAGAGAGCCAUCCUACUUAUGCACCGACAAAGCUAUUGCAGGUGGUCACUAACCUGAGCCUCAUCUUCCCUUUGAAAGAAGACCAAAAAUGCUUGCUCCAGUGGGCCCAGAAGAACAGUGAAUCUUUGCAGCUAAUCUGUCCGAAAAUUAAAAUUUGUGUCUUCCCCCUGGAGAUUACCAAGGAGGUCUUCAACAUUUUCCAGCCAAUCUAUAUUGAGGAAUUGGAAAUAUGCUCACAUGAGGUCGUGACUAACCUACGUUUCUUUCCACAUUACCUUGACCCGAUUAGCAAUAUUACCAGAUCCAAUCUAAAUCAAAUCCAUUUCCAAGGUAAUGAUGUGAAUACUGUGACAGAUGUAAGGAGGUGUGCUGCCAAAUUCUUUUCUCAGUUCUCUAAACUCAACCAUCUCCAGAGUCUCUCUUUGAAUGGUAACCACAUUUCCUAUAACAACAUGAAAAUUUUGUUCAGAUUCCUGAAGAACCCCUUGGAGUCCUUCUCUAUGACUUUAUUCCACCUCUCAACCUCAGAACUGGAUCACCUAUCAAAGUGUCAGAGCCUCUAUCAACUGAAACAACUGCACUUCAAUGAUAUAGAGUUUACUGAGUCAUGUUUCAAGAGUCUCCGAAUUCUCCUAGAGAAUGUAUCUAAAACUCUGCAGAGUCUGCACUUUGAGCACUGCAGGAUGAAGGACUCUCAGCUCAAAGUCCUCUUGCCAGCCCUGAGCCAGUGCUCACAGCUCAACAGUAUUAUUUUCAAUGGCAAUUACUUUUCCACUCCUGUACUCAAGGACCUUCUGCAAUGCAUGGCCAGUCUGAGCAACUUGACUGUAGAGGUGUACCCUGCCCCAAAAGAGUGUUAUGAUCCCUGGCAUUAUGUUGUGGUAGAGAGUUUUACACAGCUGUGUCCUCAGCUGGUACAAGUGCUCAUGGCCAAAAGGCAGCCCAAGACAAUCAUGUUUGUUACAGCUAACUGCCCUAAUUGUUGGGGAUGCUGUGUCUAUGACACAAAGACUAGCCUUUGUCAUUGUUGGCAGUAA